AUGUCGGUACUCGACUGGAACGAAGCACAGGUCAACCAGUUCUUCAUCUCACUCGGACUCAACAGAUUCGAACCAGCAAUCAGAGAACAUGCACUCACGGGGGACGUGCUCAUCCAUCUCGACAACGAACUGCUCAAGGACAUCGGCAUCCAGUCAGUCGGCAAGCGGCUAACGAUCCUCAAGGCGAUCUACAAGCUCAAGCUCAAGGAGGACAUCCCGAUCGAAGACGGCCACUGGACCCCACCCCUCGGCGACCUCGAGCAGGAGCACUCCGAGCCCGACACCCACUCCGACGCAUCCCCCAUCCUCGCCACCCCCCCAGCCAACCCACACCCCCCAGCCCGCCAGCGAGACUCCAUCAGCCAGCUCAUCCUGCUCAGAGACCAGCGCAUCAAGAACCUCGAGUCCGACGUCCGCUCUAUCAAGCAGGAACUCCACUCCCUCUCCGCCCGCUUCCUCUCCCUCGCCUCCACCCCCAACUCGCCCUCCGCUGCAAUCCUCGAGCCCAUCCCCCGCACAGGCCCCACACGGGCUCAAGACAGGCACAUGCGAGAGGAAUCCAUCUGCCAGCUCGAUAUCCACGACCCCUCCCCCGUCUCCCCCGCCCCCUCCCACACCAACCCUACCAUACCUUCUUCCCAUGAAGACCCAAAACCCUCCCAGCCCCCAUCCCCCGCCCUCUCAUCCACAACCAACCCGAGCCAAGAAAUCCUAUACACCCAGCCCUUCAACCAAGACCAGUCGCCGACAAAGGAAGUGCUGAAGAUCUCAACGACCCCCAAGCCCGCAGAACGGCCGGCGACGAAGAGCGAGAAACAGACGCUAAAUCUGAACAGCGUCAACAGCAACAACACCAACAGCCUUAAGGAGAAGGAAGAAAGCUCGAAAGCCCGGGAGGCCUCGAAUCCGUACAAAAGCUUCAGGGUCACGCUCGAAGAUCCAUGCUACAAGGUGCUGCCCGCCGCGCUGAAAAAAUACAAGAUCAACGAACACUACAAGAACUAUGUCCUGUUUAUCUGUUACGGCAAGCAGGAGCGAUGUCUGAGCUACGAGGAGAAGCCGCUACUCCUCUUCCAGAAGCUGAAGGAAGCCAACCAGAACCCUGUCUUCACCCUGCGCCACAUCAAGGACAUCGAGUCCCCCGUCUGUCUCGCCCUGGCCAAGCAGGCCCAGCGCAGGGAAAAGAAGCUCGCCAGCGCCGCCCUCAAGCUUGCUGAGCCCACCACCUCCUCCUCUACCCAACAGUCGAAGAAAUCACCCCCGAACACCGGCCGCGUCGAGAAGGCCUCCGGCUUCUGCAUCGCUAUCUAUCCGUACAUGUCUGAAUGCGAAGACGACCUGGAUGUCGGAGUGGGCGACACGUUCAUCAUCGUCGGCAAGUCCAAAGGAUGGUGGGUAGUGAACCGAGACAAGGGCACGGAGACGGAGCUGGACGAGGGGCAGCAGGGCUGGAUCCCGUCGGGAUGUCUGCUGGAGACCCGCAAAUCCUUCUCGAUGGGCCCGUCGGGAAAAGCGGACUACACGACGCCGAUCCGGCCCGAGGACAUCCUGUCGGUGUCCAGCUCGUGCUACGGCCUGAUGGACUACAAGUCCAAGGGCGUCGACGAGCUGGGCUUCGAGAUCAAGGACCGACUGAAAGUCUACAAAAAGUACAAUAAUUGGAGCUAUGCCAUCAACGAGUCCAAGCCGGAGAAGCCCCGCGGAUGGACCCCGUCGUGGCUCAUCGGCACCCGGAAAGACAAAGACGCAGGCCCGCCCGCGUCCCCCGAGCGCCCGUCGAAGCCGUCCACCACGUCCGCCACCCCGAGCGUCGGCGGCGCGCCCUCCAUGGGCCUUGUGCCCGGCUCGUCCGCCGACUCCGCGCCCACCGGGGCGGCGCCGCCCGGAGCCGGAAAGAGUCGGCCGCCCAAGCCCGCCCUCGCCUCCUCCGCCCCGCUCUUCGACCGCUACACCCACCACCCCCAUCUCUCCUCCCGCUCCUCCUCAUCCACCACGCUCUCCACCGUCUCCGACGCCACCACCACCUCGACAACCACCGUCACCCCCGCCACCUCCGUCUUCGCCUCCGCCUCCCACAAACUGCCCUCCCUUAACUCCUCCGCUUCCUCCUCUUCUUCCCUCGGCGACGACGGCCCUCAACCCGCUAAACUCGCCUCCGCCCCUCUCGCCCAUCCCAAUAACCCGCUGAGGAACUCCGUCAGGCUCAGGAAUCGCAACUCCAGGAUCUCGAAUGUCCAUGGGCUCAAAGACCUCCGCAUCGACGGCUCGAACUCCGCGGACCUUCCUCACGCCGUCACGUAA